GUGUACAUGGAAUCAGGAAGUGACUGUAGUGGACUUUCACUGGUGUAUGUUGUGUUGAAAACACUUAGAUUGGAAUACAGGAGGUGUUGGGAGGGACCUGUUGUCAUCUGAAAACAGAAGGUUAAAAGGAAACACCAGGCUGGCAGUAUGAUUGCAGGAUACAGUCCCAUGGUCCAGGCACUCUUAGGGACCCUCUUCACUUGGGCACUUACAGCUGCUGGAGCCUCACUUGUUUUUAUAUUCUCCAGUGGACAGAAACGAAUCCUGGAUGGUAGCCUUGGAUUUGCAGCAGGGGUGAUGUUGGCGGCCUCCUAUUGGUCCCUUCUCGCCCCAGCGAUUGAAAUGGCAGAGGAGUCAGGGAAGUAUGGGGCUUUCGCAUUCCUUCCUGUUGCAGUGGGUUUCACGCUCGGUGCUGCCUUCGUCUAUGGCGCAGAUAUUCUGAUGCCAGCACUGGGUGCCGGAGAGGACCCCCAUCUAGCCUUCGGGUUCGGUCAGGACUACAAGCCAGCCAAGGAGAAGGAGGACCCAGCCUGCCUGCAGACUGAUGACCAGGAGCUGUCUGUCAGGAUAGGUAGAACUAGACUGCAUUCAGAUAAAGUAGAGAAUGGGGAUGUGUACCUGAGAAGGAAAGGUCCUCUUACUAGCCCUGUGGAAGACCAGGGCCUGUCCCACAAUUCCAGAGACCUGCCGGAGAGAUCAAGAAGCAGCUGGCGUCGCAUUGUGCUCCUGAUCCUCGCCAUCACAAUUCACAACAUCCCAGAGGGUCUGGCUGUUGGAGUUGGCUUUGGAGCUGCUGGAAAGACUCUGUCAGCCAGCUUUGAGAGCGCACGUAAUCUUGCCAUUGGAAUCGGGAUUCAGAACUUCCCAGAAGGCCUUGCUGUGAGUCUUCCACUUCGAGGUGCUGGAAUGUCAACAUGGAAGGCUUUCUGGUACGGGCAGCUGAGCGGGAUGGUGGAGCCCAUGGCAGGGGUGUUGGGUGCCUUUGCUGUGGUCGUGGCUGAGCCACUGCUCCCCUAUGCUCUAGCCUUUGCUGCUGGAGCCAUGGUUUACGUGGUGAUGGACGACAUCAUUCCUGAGGCACAAGUCAGUGGAAACGGAAAGCUGGCCUCAUGGACCUCCAUCCUGGGCUUCGUAGUGAUGAUGUCACUGGAUGUCGGGCUUGGCUAAUUCACAGUUGUCCUGCUAGCUCCCAAACCAGGAACGAUUUACCAGCCGUCUUCAGUGAAAAGGACCGAUCUCUUAUUUUCUUUCCUUCAUGCAGUUUGUUUACUGGAAAAAAAAAAAUGCUGGUUACUAUUUUAUUGUGGGCAAUUGUAAAGGUUUUUAUUAUGAUUAUUUUGAUUGUAUGUUAUCGUUUUGUUUGUAAGACCAUUCCAUUUUACAGAUGACUCGAUGGGCCAGAUUGAUGUUAACUAUAAAAUACUUAAUCUACUGUACUGUGCGGUAAAGACUUCUGAUUGCUGUAUUGUAGAGUCACGUCCAUAGGCAGGCCCCAUUCAUUUAUUCUGUCACAUGUUACCUCUGUAGCAGAGACCAGAAUAGUUCAGGUCUCCAUUUGGCCGAUCAGAAAUCUGUCUAAUACCAUACCCACUGACUGUUUUGUACUCAUUGUGUUUUUACAAUACCAGCUGGUCUAUGGCUACAUAAACUGUAAAAAAAAAAAAAAAAGAUAUCUCAGCACCAUUAUGAGUGAUAAAGAAUAUGAAUAGACCACAGUAUGAAUUUGCCUCUGCUUUUCAAAAUUGAGCAUCCCAUAAAAGGAGAGGGUGGUUAUUUUUUUAAGAGCAGCUCCAUACAUACCACACUUCAUACAAUGCAACAAUAGCUUUCAAGUGUAUAUUAUUUUCAAUAAUGGGGAGGGGGGUGGGGGUAGAUAAGCCAAGGUAAUGAUUGUAUACAUUUAAAAUAUGAAAGGAUUUAAAAGGGCUGUCGUAUUUCUUUUUGCCCUGGAGGAUAAGCUUGCUGUGAUUGACGCACUGGCAGUCUGCCAGACCAUGUAGUUAUCACAGCAAACAAAAGCUGUCACCAGCGAGGUGUGGCAUGUAGUAGAGAACAAUAUCAACAGAGAAUGAUUUCCUAGCAUGACACUAAUGCUCGGUGUGAAUGUUAGUAUUUGUUUUCAACUAGUUGUUUAUCUUUGUAUUACCAGUGGGAAAAAAAACAAUAUAAAUAUUUCUCGCUGAGCUAGAUGCACUAAGCUCCAGUGUUCAAUCAUUUAUUAGAAAAUUGUAGAUUGGCUGUAGCAAACGUCAAAUUAAUAUUUUCAGUUGUUUUUCAUUUCUAAUUUUGCGCUGGAGCUUAGUAGAUUGGGACUGGCGUGAUUCCACUAGAACGGGGCAGCUAUUUGAAUUCAAUUCUAGACGGGAACGGCAAAAAGGGGAUGUUUUCUUUAAAAUGAUCAAUUAUAUUCAUAUUAAAAAAGAGAAUGCAAAGAAUUGCAUAUUGAACAGGGUCUGUGCUUGGGCUCGGAUAGUGAGGUACUCCAGUCCAGCAAAAACUCCCAACAUUUGAUGUAUUACUGAGAUGAGCGUAUGAGAGAAAUCAUGUUUCGUCAACUGUUAUUUCGGCAAUGGAAGGAAUAUUGCAUUAAUUGCUGCCGCUGUAAUAAUUCGCUAUUUAGACUAAAGCUUCCAUAUUGAAAGGCCACAAUCUCAAAGAGUCUCUUCUUAGAUUAAUAAAUACAGAAAACAACAAAGUAAUUGUUUUAGCGAUGAAGUGGUGUAGUCCCUUGCUGAAGCCCCAGAUCGGUGUGGGACAGCCUUACAACAUAUCUGAUAGGCAGACUUGUAGGCGUUCACAUUUUAGUUCAGAAACUAGCUCCACUGGAGUACUCCUGUCAUAUUUAUAGCUCAAUUCUUAAUGCUUCAUGCUGUACGUAGAGAGAAGACUCUAAAAUGGAAGAUAUGGCCAGCAUUCUUUUUUCACCCCCAGUGUGUGUAUCUGAGCUUGGACAUCAUGAUGCUUAUGCUUGAUUUGUCUGUACCUUUUUAUGUUAAGGGUGACGUUAAUAGUUACUCUGUGGUUUUGUUUUUUUUAGAUUUUAGCGUUUUACCCUAAAUUCACACUAAUGUGCCGAGGUUUACUACAUUUUUGUUCCAGUCUAAAGUUUACACCACUGUGAUUCAUCUAUAAUAAUAAUUGCUAAAGGGCUAAAACUUGCAUGCAUAUUGUUUUUUACUAGCCAUUCUGACCACCACUACUGUACAAGCUUGUCAUCGAAGCAUGUCGAGGAUGCAGAAAGAUUGUCACUGUUAAAGCGACAGUUAUAAUCUGUCAUUCCUGAUAGACUGCUAGAUUAGGGAUGGCACACCCCCCAGGAACAAUGAGGAAAUAAUCUACAAACAACGACAAUGUCAGGGAUUUAAUGUGGCACACAACAGUGCUAAAAAUGCAAAGGCAUUAAAUUAGUGGGGUUUUUUUUUGUUUUUUUUACUUUGCUUCUUGUAUACUUUGGAGAUUUCCUAAAUUAAGUAUAGCCUGCCAAGACAGGUCAGUUUAAAUUAGAAAAUCUACAAAAUAGAGGGGAAUGUUAAGCUUCCAAGAGUUGGUUGUUACAUAAUGCUGAAACCAGCUCAUUCUAACAUCUGGGAAGGGAGGUGUCACUGGUUUAUGAAUUGUACAAACACAAUUAUGUACAAAAUGUAAACACAAUAGCAGGGAGCGCAUUUAGUUUUCCAGUGUUUGAUUUAUUCUGUUUUGUUUUAUUUAAAUAAAGACCUUAGUUGACGCUCCAGGUGAGAAGGAGAUAUCGGUUUAUUUUUAUGUGCAACAUGAAAAAUAAAAUCCAUGUACUGUAACUUUGCCACAUUGGGAUCUUUGGAAUAAA